UCAUCCUCCACUCCCGUCGCGGCAAGUGCACCCGCCUAGGAAACCCGCUGCCCGCUAGGGUUCCUCACACCUCGCUUGACCUAGCUGCGCAACCGAACGAGGACCCCGAGCAGGGCUGCCCAACAAGCGCCUGAAGGACCCCGGGAGCCGCAGGCUAUCCAGCGUGGCGCCUGGUGGCCGGGCCCUGUGCGGGAGGACAAGGUGAACCCGGAGCCGGACUUCCGCUGCACUGGGGCUCCGAAUGACCUAGAAUCUGGGGCCGCGUGUUCUUGCUAGGAGAACCCCUCGCAGCCUGACCUUGGAAUAGCUGGAUCAGAUGCAUUCAUUGGUUCAUUCAGAUACUGUUAAGAGCCAGCGGUGUGCUAGGUACUUCUUACACCUUCUGGUGGAGAAGAUGGAACUGAAGGAAACUUGCAAGGAGCUGUGAGAAAGUACAACAGGAAGUGAGCUAAGAUCAUUAAGGAGUGAGAUGGCCUCAAUCUUGCGAAGCCCUCAGGCGCUCCAGCUCACUCUAGCCCUGAUCAAGCCUGAUGCAGUCGCCCAUCCACUGAUUCUGGAGGCUGUUCAUCAGCAGAUUCUAAGCAACAAGUUCCUGAUUGUACGAAUGAGAGAACUACUGUGGAGAAAGGAAGACUGCCAGAAGUUUUACCAAGAGCACGAAGGGCGUUUUUUCUAUCAGCGGCUGGUGGAGUUCAUGGCCAGCGGGCCAAUCCGAGCCUACAUCCUUGCCCACAAGGAUGCCAUCCAGCUCUGGAGGACGCUCAUGGGACCCACCAGAGUGUUCCGAGCACGCCAUGUGGCCCCAGAUUCCAUUCGUGGGAGUUUCGGCCUCACCGACACCCGCAACACCACCCACGGUUCGGACUCUGUGGUUUCAGCCAGCAGAGAGAUUGCAGCCUUCUUCCCUGACUUCAGUGAACAGCGCUGGUAUGAAGAGGAAGAGCCCCAGUUGCGCUGUGGCCCUGUGUGCUAUAGUCCAGAGGGAGGUGUCCACUAUGUAGCUGGAACAGGAGACUUAGGACCAGCCUGAUGCAGGUCUAUGAAGACAGUGCCUGGACUUUUCUCCUAGACGUCUAGUCUAAAACAUUCUCUUAGGACCAGGGGAGCCUGGACUCAUACUGCCAUUUCUUCUGGGCACCACCACCUGCCUGAGGGCCUAGCUCACUGUAGCACAUCCUCCAGAAUCUAGCUUUCUAUCUACCUCUUCUCUGGAAUGUUCAUGGUGGUUCAGAAGAAUGAUGACUCCUCUUUGCUGAGAACUGUUCAUCCUUUCUCAAGAAGAAGCUUGCCAGGCCGGGUGCGGUAGCUCACGCCUGUAAUCCCAGCACUUUGGGAGGCUGAGGCAGGCAGAUCAUGAGGUUAGGAGUUCGAGACCAGCCUGACCAACAUGGUGAAACCCCGUCUCUACUAAAAAUACAAAAUUAGCCGGGCGUGGUGGUGCACGCCUGUAAUCCCAGCUACUCAGAGGCUGAGGCAGGAGAAUUGCUUGAACCCAGGAGGCAGAGGGUGCAGUGAGCCGAGAUUGCGUCAUUGCACUCCAGCCUGGGCGACAGAGCAAGACUGUCUCAAAAAAAAAAAAAAAAAAAGCUUGUCUAAUUGACUUGCCUAAAAAAUGCAGUGACUCCAAACAACAUUUGGCUUGUCUUCCUCAAUAAAAGUCAGUGUUCUCCUGAAUCCUUUAUGCUGCCACAUUUAGAGGAAACUUUUCAGGCUUCAUCAUUCUGACUUCUCAGCAGCAUUCAGUAUUGCUUCAUUCUUCAGAAACACUCUCUUCUCUUGGAUUUUCUGAUCCCACACCGUUGGUUUUCUCCUCCACGUUUUUCUUCAUCUCCUUUAUCAGCUUAUGCAAACAUUUAUUUUCAUAAAUUCUCUAUUCAAGACAUGCUGAAAAAUGCAAAGAUGGUUAAGAUAUGAUUGGGUUCUCAAGUUGCUAAUUAUGAAUUUCGGUAAUCAGCCAACAUGUGGCAGAGAUGGAGAAGUGCCCUAACAGGUAUAAACUCCUGUGGGAGAACAGAGGAAAGAAGGUUUCCUUUGGCUGGGUGAGGAGGUGAAGGAGAUAGGGUGGAAAAGCUUUUACAAAAGAUGUAGCUGGCUGGGCACGGUGGCUCAAGCCUGUAAUCCCACCACUUUGGGAGGCCGAGACGGGUGGAUCACGAGGUCAGGAGAUCGAGACCAUCCUAGCUAACAUGGUGAAA